GCGCGGUGGCCUCACAGGGCGGGGGGAGCGGCGCGCAAGAUGGCGGCCGCCGCGCUGUGCCGGGCGCUGGGGGCGCUGGUGCUGUCGCCCCCCCGCGCCGCUAUCGCCGCCGCCCGGCCUGUCGCGAUAGCGGCGCCCUCCGGGGGCCUGGCGGCGGCCGCCGGCCGCUGGCUGAGCGCCUCGGCGGCGCGCUGCACGACUGACCCCACGUGGAAGUGCCGCGUCAAGUACACCGUGCGGCCCCUCGGCAUGAGGAAAACCGGGGGGCGCGACCACACGGGUCGCAUCCGCGUGCGGGGCAUCGGGGGGGGCCACAAGCAGCGGUACCGCAUGGUCGACUUCCAGCGGCUGCGCUACCAGGAGGGCAGCGAGAAGGUGGUCAGCGUGCGAUACGACCCGUGCAGGUCGGCUGACAUCGCGCUGGUGGCCGGCGGCAAUCGGAAGCGCUGGAUCAUCGCCACGGAGAACAUGCAGCCGGGGGACAUCAUCAGGAACUCGGCGCACAUCGGCAGGAUGGCGGUGUCGGCCAAGGAAGGGGACGCCUACCCGCUGGGGGCCCUGCCCGUGGGCACGCUGAUCUGCAACCUGGAGAGCCACCCCGGCAAGGGGGCGCAGUACAUCCGCGCGGCCGGGACCUGCGGGGUGCUGCUGCGCAAGGUGAACGGGACGGCCAUCGUGCAGCUGCCCUCCAAGAGGCAAAUGCAGGUGCUGGAGACCUGCGUGGCCACGGUGGGCCGCGUCUCCAACGUGGACCACAACAAGCGGGUGAUCGGCAAGGCGGGCCGCAACCGCUGGCUGGGCAAGCGGCCCCACACGGGGCUCUGGCACCGCAAGGGCGGCUGGGCCGGCCGCAAGAUCCGGCCCCUGCCGCCCCUCAAGAGCUACGUGCACCUGCCCCGCGUGGCGGCCCCGCCAGGACAAUAAAGCCGCGUGUGCCAGCUCCCA